CCGGGCCAUCCGCCUCUGUUUUGCUCCGCCCCAUUCGCGUCGGCUCAUUCUCCGGACGAUAACCCCUUCCCUUCCGGCCUAUAUCCUCGCCGGAAGUCGGCCAAUCUUCGCCCCCCUUUUCUCCUCCCGAUCGAUCCCCCGAGCAGAGGUAGUGGAGAUCCUGUUCCACUUCUCUCCUUCGUCUUCAUCUUCCUCCACGUCAUCGUCGUCCUCCUCUCCGGCGACGCGAUGGCGACGGCGAUCUGGCAGCCGCGGGAAGAAGGUCUACGGGAGAUCUGCGGCGUCCUGGAGGAGUACCGCUCGCCGACAUCUGAUCAAGCUCGGAUAUGGCAGCAACUGCAGCACUAUAGCCAGUUCCCCGACUUCAACAACUAUCUCGCUUUCAUUCUCGCGCGGGCUGAGGGGAAAUUGGUUGAAGUGCGCCAAGCAGCUGGGUUGCUUUUAAAAAAUAACCUGAGAACUAGCUUCCAAUCUCUCUCUCCUUCCUACCAGGCAUAUAUCAAAUCUGAAUUGGUUCCUUGCAUAGGGGCAGCCGAUAGGCACAUCAGGUCAACAGUUGGAACCGUAAUCAGUGUAAUUGUGAUGCAAGGGCAUGUUUUUAACUGGCCUGAGCUGCUACAAGCACUUGUAAACUGCUUGGAUAGCAGUGAUUUCAAUCAUAUGGAGGGCGCUAUGGAUGCCUUGUCAAAGAUUUGUGAGGACAUACCUGAAGAGCUUGAUACCGAGGUUCCUGGGUUAGCUGAGAGGCCGAUUAAUGUCUUCAUGCCAAGAUUAUUUCAGAUGUUCCAGUCACCCCAUGCGUCACUCAGAAAGCUUGCUUUGGGAUCUGUAAAUCAAUUUAUUGUGCUUAUGCCUGCUGCAUUGCUUAUGUCUAUGGAUCAGUACCUCCAAGGUCUGUUUCUUCUUGCACAUGAUCCUGUCGCAGACGUUCGAAAGCUGGUGUGCUCAGCACUUGUUCAGUUAAUUGAAAUCCGUCCAUCUUUCUUGGAGCCACAUUUGCGAAAUGUUAUUGAAUAUAUGUUGCAAGCCAACAAGGACACUGAUGAUGAAGUUGCACUGGAGGCUUGUGAAUUUUGGACUGCAUAUUGUGAAGCUCACUCACACCCGGAGAACUUAAUGGAGUUCUUACCACGUCUUAUUCCGGUUUUAUUAUCAAACAUGGCCUAUGCUGAGGAUGAUGAAUCUCUUGAUGAUGCUGAGGAUGAUGAAUCUUUCCCAGACAGGGAUCAGGACCUGAAACCACGUUUUCAUUCUUCUCGACUACAUGGAGCUGAUAAUCCAGAUGAGGAUGAUGAUGAUGAUAUUGUGAAUGUAUGGAACCUGAGGAAAUGCAGUGCAGCUGCGCUUGAUGUUUUGUCAAAUAUUUUUGGGGAUGAGAUUCUUCCAACUACAAUGCCCUUGGUUCAGGCCAAGUUAUCCACUGCUGAAGAUGCUGCAUGGAAGGAAAGGGAAGCAGCUGUAUUAGCAUUAGGUGCCAUUGCUGAAGGCUGUUACAGUGGCCUCUAUCCUCAUUUGCCUGAGAUAGUGGCAUUUCUCACUCCACUUUUGGAUGACAAAUUUCCUCUUAUAAGAAGCAUCACAUGUUGGACUCUUUCCCGGUUUAGCAAAUGGCUUGUUCAGGGCACUGGCAAUCAGAAAGGUCAUGAGCAAUUUGAUAAGGUGCUUAUGGGCCUACUAAGAAGAAUACUAGAUACAAAUAAGCGUGUGCAGGAGGCUGCAUGUUCUGCUUUUGCAACACUUGAAGAGGAAGCUGCAGAAGAGUUGGCUCCUCGUUUGGAGAUUAUUUUGCAGCAUCUUAUAAUAGCCUUUGGGAAAUAUCAGAGGAGAAACCUUCGAAUUGUAUAUGAUGCUAUUGGUACUCUGGCUGAUGCAGUUGGAGGAGAGUUGAACCAGCCAAAGUAUCUUGACAUUUUGAUGCCACCUCUCAUUUCGAAGUGGCAAGAACUAUCAAAUUCGGAUAAGGAUCUAUUUCCGUUACUUGAGUGCUUCACUUCAAUAGCACAGGCACUAGGUCCUGGUUUUACACAGUUUGCUGAACCAGUUUUUCAGAGAUGCGUCCACCUGAUCCAGUCACAAUUGAUGGCUAAGGUCGAUCCUGUUUCUGCUGGAGUUCAGUAUGAUAAGGAGUUCAUUGUUUGCUCCCUUGAUUUACUUUCAGGACUUGUGGAAGGUCUUGGCAGUGGAGUUGAGAGUUUGGUUGCACAAAGCAAUUUGAGGGAUUUGCUCUUACAGUGUUGUGCAGAUGUUGCUGCUGAUGUUCGUCAAAGUGCUUUUGCACUUCUUGGUGACCUUUCAAAAGUUUGCCCAGCUCAUCUGCAUCCUCGACUGCCUGAAUUUCUUAAUAUUGCAGCUAAACAGUUGGUAAGGAAUACUCCUGAUCUCAAGGAGACUGUGUCAGUUGCAAAUAAUGCCUGUUGGGCCAUUGGUGAAUUGGCUGUUAAGGUUCACCAGGAGAUAGCUCCCGUGGUCUUGACUGUAAUCUCGAGCUUGGUUCCUAUACUAAUGAAUGCCGAGGGUCUCAACAAGUCGCUACUAGAAAAUAGUGCAAUCACACUUGGACGGCUUGCCUGGGUUUGCCCGGAGGUUGUAUCUCCACAUAUGGAACAUUUCAUGCAAUCUUGGUGUGCUGCUCUGGGCAUGAUACGUGAUGAUAUUGAAAAGGAGGAUGCUUUUCGAGGUCUUUGUGCAAUGGUUCGGGCUAAUCCAUCUGGUGCACUGAACUCACUUAUUCAAUUGCUCAAAGCUGUAGCGAGCUGGCAUGAGAUACGGAGCGAGGAGCUACACAAUGAGGUUUGCCAGGUCUUGCAGGGCUACAAACAGAUGCUUGGGAACGGGGCAUGGGAGCAAUGCAUGUCCACGUUGGAUCCUGCCGUCCGGGAAAAGCUUUCAAAGUACCAAGUGUAAAAGAUUGGAUAUUUAUCAUCAGUGUGGCAUUCAACAUUUUGUGAGCUUCUUGCCCAUGUGUAUGUGCGUCAGUAGGCACAGUGUUCUCGGGUGUCUUGUUGGUUGGUCUUGAAUGAAGCUGCCAUAUGGCUUGUGGAGUUUCUGGAAAUUUCUUUGCCCUGGCUUGCCAAGGAUGUUGAAGCAUGACCAAUCCUGUUCAAUGCUAGAAGAAUCCCUGGCAGUGGUUGUCAGCGGCGGAUACAUGUCCAGGUGUGCGGAUUUUCAAGCGCCUCUGGGAAGUCUUGACCCCCAUUCACAUGUAUACAGUCAUUCCCAUUCAUCCUGCUUCUUUGCAGUUUUUAUUAUUUUGUAAUUGUGGUUCUUUUUUACCUAGAGGCCAGCUUCUUGGUUUAGUUAAUUUUGUUGGUGAGUUUCUUAAAUGGAGUUCCGAAGAGUUGUCUGCGGGUCCUUGGAGUUUUGAGGCUGGAAAGUCUUUUAGGGAAUUGUUUUUUGAGCUUUGAAUGUUGUAGCAUGGGUUUGUAAUUUUUCACCUUGAAUAAUUUUGGAGCAAGGUUUUUCUUUUUACAGUAAUAAUUUUGAUUGCGGAACCUGUAAAGAUAGUCGAUCACUUGAUGUAUGAAUGUUGCUUGUACAGUUCGACAGUUUUUUAGAAGUUAUGCUUUGUUAUA